GUCGAUUCUCAGCAGCAGUGUUUACUGUCAGCAGACCAGCGGCUAGGCUUUUCCGUCUGAUAAGGGCUGAACAAACAGACUGACACUGAAGAGCUCUCAGUAGCAUCCACCUGGACGGACUUUCUGGUUUUCGACCCUUUGCAGGAUAGCGGAUCAGGUCUUGAAACAUGAGCUCUGUGGCAGUGUUGACUCAGGAGAGUUUUGCAGAGCACCGCAGUGGCUUGAAGGACGUUGAGAUCACAGGUCGUGUGCCAGAAGAUGAAGCAUAUAUACCCACCUAUCUGGAAGCCUUUCCACCUUUGCCGGACAAGGGCACUCCAGGUGAGAAGACCGGUGAGCCGGCAAGUGCUUGGAGCAAAAUCCGACCCAUCAAAGCCUCUGUUAUCACUCAGGUGUUCCAUGUCCCUUUGGAGGAGCGGCGGUAUAAAGACAACAGUCAGUUUGGUGAGGGUGAGGAGGCAAAAGUGUGCCUGGAUAUCAUGCAAAAGACCGGGGCACAUAUCGAACUCUCUCUUGCCAAGGACCAAGGCCUCUCCAUCAUGGUGACUGGAAAACUGGAUUCGGUUAUGAAAGCGAGGAAGGAGAUUGUGGCCCGACUGCAGACUCAGGCUUCAGCGACUGUGCUUAUUCCGAAAGAACAUCAUCGGUUUGUGAUCGGAAAGAAUGGGGAGAAGUUGCAGGAGCUGGAGCUGAAAACAGCCACCAAGAUCGCCAUCCCCCGAUCUGACGAUCCCAACGCCAACAUCCGUAUCACCGGCACCAAGGACGGCAUAGAGAAAGCUCGCCAUGAAAUCCAGCUCAUCUCCGCUGAGCAGGAUAAGCGUGCCGUGGAACGUUUGUCUUUUGAGAAGGCUUUUCAUCCAUUCAUCGCUGGUGCAUAUAAUCAACUCGUUCAAGAAGUUAGUCAGGAGACCGGAGCUCGUAUUAGCAUCCCGCCACCCAGCGUACCCAAAGAUGAGAUUGUCAUUACCGGCGAGAAGGAGGCAGUUGCCAUGGCGAUUGCCCGCAUCCGGGCCAUCUAUGAAGAGAAGAAACGAAAAACAACCACAAUCUCAGUGGAGGUGAAGAAGUCACAACAUAAGUACAUAGUAGGCCCCAAAGGCAACACCCUACAGGAAAUCCUGGAGAACACGGGGGUGUCUGUGGAGAUGCCCCCUCUGGACUCCGCAUCUGAGACCAUCAUCCUCAGAGGAGAACCGGACAAGCUGGGUCCGGCUCUCACGCAGGUGUACGCCAAGGCUAAAAGUGUGAUAGUGGUGGAGGUGAUUGCUCCGGCUUGGCUCCAUCGUUUCAUCAUUGGCAAGAAAGGACAAAACAUCAGUCGCAUUACUCAGCAGCUGCCUAAGGUGCAUAUAGAGUUUACUGAUGGAGAGGAACGUAUCAGUCUGGAGGGGCCGACGGAGGAGGUAGAACAAGCCCAGGCUCAGAUACAGGAGAUUAUAAAAGACCUGAUGGCAAGAAUGGACUAUGCAGAGAUUAACAUUGACCACCGUUUCCACAGACACCUCAUUGGCAAAAACGGGGCCAACAUAAAUCGGAUAAAGGAGCAGUAUAAGGUAUCAGUGCGGAUUCCUCAGGAUUCGGAGCGCUGUGGGCUGGUUCGUAUUGAGGGUGAUCCUCAGGGAGUACAGCUCGCUCGCAAGGAACUGAUGGACAUGGCCCAACGUAUGGAAAAUGAACGCACGAAAGACCUUAUAAUAGAGCAUAAGUUUCACCGCACCAUCAUUGGGCAGAAAGGAGAGAAGAUCAAAGAAGUACGGGACAAGUUCCCUGAGGUCAUUAUCAUCUUUCCAGACCAGCAACAGAAAAGUGACAUAGUACAGCUCAGAGGGCCUAAAAACGAAGUGGAGAAAUGUGCGAAGUUUCUCCAGAAACUCAUCGCUGAGCUGGUUGAGAGCAGCUUCUCAAUUUCUGUACCCAUCCACAAGCAGUUCCACAAAAACAUCAUUGGCAAAGGAGGUGCCAACAUCAAAAAGAUACGUGAGGAGACCAACACCAAGAUUGAUCUCCCAACGGAGAACAGUAACUCGGAGAUGAUUGUAAUAACUGGAAAGAAGAGCAGCUGUGAAGCCGCACGAGAUCGGAUCCUUGCCAUUCAGAAUGAGCUGGCCAACCUGAAGGAGGCUGAGGUUUCCAUCCCAGCCAAGCUGCACAACUCUCUGAUUGGAUCCAAGGGCAGUCUGGUGCGCUCUGUGAUGGAAGAGUGUGGGGGUGUUCACAUCCACUUCCCUGCGGAGGGCUCAGGGUUGGACAAGGUCACCAUCCGAGGUCCUGCAGAGGAGGUGGAGAGAGCCAGGAGACAACUGCUGCAGUUGGCGGAGGAGAAGCAAGUCAACAACUUCUCAGUGGAGCUUCAAGCCAAGCCAGAGUACCAUAAGUUCCUGAUAGGCAAAGGAGGAGCUAAUAUCCGACGGGUACGGGAUCGAACCGGAGCACGAAUCAUCUUCCCAUCACCAGAUGAGCCAGAACAGGAGCACAUUACCAUCAUGGGUAAAGAGGAGGCUGUAUGGCUUGCCCAGAAAGAGCUGGAGACCCUCAUUAAAAAUCUGGAUGACGUGAUAGAGGACAGUAUGGUCGUGGACCCCCGGCAUCACCGUCACUUCGUCUGUCGGAGAGGGCAGGUGUUGAGAGAGUUGGCGGAGGAAUAUGGCGGUGUAGCUGUUAGCUUCCCUCGCACGGGCACACACAGUGACAAUAUCACUCUCAAAGGACCCAGAGAGUGUGUUGACGCUGCUAAGAAACGCAUUCAGGAGAUUGUUCAAGAUCUUGAGUCACAGGUGAAUGUGGAGGUGGUGAUUCCUCAGCGGUACCACAGAGCCGUCAUGGGACCCAAAGGCUGCAAAAUACAACAAAUUACACGGGAACAUGAAGUUCUGAUCAAAUUUCCAGACAGAGAUGAGUGUGCAGCUCAGGAACCUGCAUCUCCAGAGAACGGGGAUACGGAUCUCAUUCCUCGGAAGUGCGAUAUCAUCAUUGUGACGGGACAGGCCGAAAAGUGCGAGUUGGCUCGUGCAGCUUUACUUGCCUUAGUUCCUGUGACGAUUGAUGUUGAGGUUUCCUAUGACCUUCAUCGUUACAUCAUAGGACAGAAAGGAGCUGGAAUAAGGAAAAUGAUGGAGGACUAUGAGGUGAACAUUUGGGUUCCUCAGCCUGAGCAACAGUCAGAUAUCAUAAAGAUCACAGGACAGGUGGCCAGUGUGGAGCGGGCCAAACAGGGACUGCUGGAGAGAGUCAAGGAGCUGCAGGCGGAGCAGGAAGAUCGGGCCUUACGGAGCUAUAAGGUGACGCUCUCAGUAGACCCGAAAUAUCACCCCAAAAUUAUAGGCCGUAAAGGAGCCGUCAUCUCUCAAAUACGCAAAGACUACGAUGUCAAUGUGCAGUUCCCUGACAAAGGUGAAGAGCAGCAGGAUGUAAUUGUAAUCUCGGGUUAUGAGAGGAAUGCUAAUGAGGCCAGGGCAGCUAUAGAGCAGCUGGUGGCAGCACUGCAAGAUAUGGUGAGUGAGGACAUCCGGCUGGACCGGCGGGUCCACGCACGCAUCAUCGGAGCACGCGGCAAAGCCAUUCGGAAACUCAUGGAGGAGUUCAAA